CACUCGCUUUUAUAGUAAAAAAAUUUUUUGUGCUUGCAACACGACCGGGUAACAUCAGAAGUUUGGACUUUAUUAACAAAUCAACUUGUUAGGGUCAGAAUGGCCAGCUUAGCUUUUCAAGCCUAUAUAUCCAGGGAACUAUGUUUAAGAUAGCUAUAAUAGCGUUUUACUGUGUGCUACUGUGCGCUGCUGUAUCAAUUGGGUUUGUUGGACAGUUUGUCAACGUUCCAGCGGAGGCUAUUCAAAGCCAGAAUGAGCCUUUGAAUAAAGACAACCGAGUCUUGAACGGUUUGAACUACCAAUCGAGGUUUGAUAUCAGUUUAUCUUCUUUGGAAAAGAACUAUGAUUUCAAAGUUGACAAGAGCGUACUUAACAAACAAUACAAAUUCAAAUUUGACGAUUUGACUAGUGGAGAAUAUGAGUUGAUUGUCAGUUCGUACGAUUUCAACCUAGCAGGUAAUAGGUAUCGGGUCAUUGUCAAUGAAACUGAGCAAGCUGUCAAUGUAUACAAGGAUGAUCUACUUGCCAAUACUUAUAAUGAAACAUCGGUGCAGGCCGUUGAUUAUAUCCAUCCAUUGGUUAUCGAAGUUGUUGAUUUCAAACAGUAUUAUGAACAGCAGCUGGGAGGGGUUGCCGAUAUAAUCUUGAGCAGUCCCUUUGGAUUUAUCUUCAAGAACCGUGUUUACACUAUGAUGUUUAUCGUCAUGGGUGCUACAAUAGUUGCACCAUACAUAUUGCAGUAUAUAAGUCCUAAUUUUGCUGAAGAGUAUAAUAGAAUCAAGGAAGAAUCUGGACAAGCGAAAACAUCCGAUCCCGGUUCAGCCCAAAUUGCACCAAUGCAGAAUCUUUCGAAUAAGCAGGCCAAAGCUUCACAAGGGAGAGUCAGACAACGUAAAUGAUGUAAUUGCUUUAAUAAUAUACGACUCAAUAUAUGAUUUUUAGUAGAAGUUUGC